AUGGUUGAUAAUGAAGGUGAAAAGCAUGAAGACAACGACGAAAACCAAUAUGAAGAACCAGAAAAUAUGGUAAAAGAUUUCAAAACUGAUAUCUGCUACCUCGAGGAACUACACAAAUUUUCCCUCCCAGUGUCCAAUAUUGAGCUUUUGGAUUUGACUUUGAGAGCCAAGGAGUAUGUGGAACGACACGCCUUACAAAAUAAAAAGCAAAAAUCAAUAACCGAUUUUUUUCAAAAAAUAUAA